UUUCAUUUAUAGGAGUCCCACAAAUUCAAGAAUGCUCUAUCUGGAGUCCUAAAGCUGUGGCUUUGAUAAAGCCAGAUAAGCAUGUUUUUAUUGGGGAGACUGUUACUCUCAGUUGUGACAUACAGAAAAGAAGAAAUACUGACUGGAAAUACAGCUGGAAUAAGAGUAAUAGCAUACUCUACACAGACAGCACAAUGCAGUGGUUCAGUAUCGGGUCUGUUAGCUACUCUGACACUGGUGAUUACACCUGCAGGGGACAGAGCGGUGACUCUCAGAUCUCAGAGAUCAGUGAUGCAGUUACACUCAUUGUAUCAGAGAGAGCACGGACAGUACUGAGUGUAUCUCCACAGAGCUGGUUGACUGAAGGCGACUCAGUGACUCUAAGCUGUGAGGUUACAAACUCCUCUACAGACUGGACAUUCACCUUGUUCACAGCAGUUCCAUACAGAACAAUAAAAGGCAGUCAAGGGGAUAUCAGUAGAGGCUUUUACACUCUCAGUCCUGCUACUUCUUUUCACACAGGAGUUUAUGUGUGUGAAUCAGAAAGAGGAGAAUCAACCGUUUACAGAAGUUUAAGCAACCAACAGCCAAUAUGGAUCACUGGGGAAACUUCUCCAGUCUCUCUGAUCAUCAAUCCCAGCAGAACUCAACACUUUGCUAAAGAUUCUUUGUCAUUGACCUGUAAAGACCAGAAUAACUCUUCUGAAUGGAUGGUGGGACGUUACACACGCAGAGGUUCAGAGUCGGAUUGUUUAUGGUGGGGAUCAGUUAAGGAAUCUAUAUGUAAAAUCAAUUCUCUCUCCCCAUCCUGCACUGGAGUUUACUGGUGUGAGUCUGAAUCUGAAAACAUCAGCAAUCCUGUCAACAUCACAGUGCAUGAUGGUGAUGUGAUUCUGGAGAGUCCUGUUCAUCCUGUGACUGAGGGACAUCCUCUGACUCUACGCUGUUUAUAUCACAACACAAAUUCCUCAAAUGUCUGCGCUGAUUUCUAUAAAGAUGGAUUAGUUCUGCAGAAUAAGUCUACAGGAGAGAUGAUCAUCCAUAAUGUCUCAAAGUCAGACGAAGGUUUCUACCACUGUAAACACCCAGAGAUGGGAGAGUCCCCGAAAAGCUGGGUUUCAGUCAGAGCAUUGGAUUCAUCAGAGGUAGCAGAUCUAUCAGGUGUAGAAGCUCCAUUCUCAGUGCUAAUGCUGAUCAGUAUUGUAGUGACGGCAUCUCCAUAUCUUCUGGUGACCAUCAUUCUGCUGCUCAAAUGUUACAGAGCUCGAGUGUACUGAAACAAAGAAAAAUGCUGAAGUUACAGAAGAUGACUGCAACUUCAGCAUAUGAUUGAUGUGUACAGCCCUUCAGUCUAUUUCGGCUCUUCAUGAUCCGAUGAACAUUUGCAUGCCAUGGAUAUCUGUCAUUAACCAUUCCUUUGAGUUCUUGUAUGUUCUUUUUCAUGAUAUUAGUAAUGAUGUCCAGUCACAUUGUUUUUUGUCAACCUCGUUUAUGGUUACUUACAAUUUUUUCCAAGCAUCAGAGUUUUCAUCAAUGAUUCAUGUCUUCACAUUACAUGGGUGAAAUAUUUGAGCUUCAAUUUUAUCAUCAUUGCUUCCAGAGGUAGAUCUUGUUUCACCUCUAGAAGUAUAGAAUGGUUUGUACUUUUUCAGUCCAAGGAAUCCUUACCAGACAUUAGAUGAUGGAAUAAAUGCUGUUAAUUUACCAAAAAGUUCAUUUCCUUGUGACCUGAAAGCAGUUUUAUGAAGAUGGGAUAUUUUUCCCCAAAUAUAAUCUGUAUAUACCCCUGUAUGAUCUUCAUAUAAGGAUUAUUCAGUACUAUUUAAAAUACCUUUGAUCUGCAUGCUCACCUUUGAUCUGCAUAUAGUCCUUAGAUAUUACAAUAAGUGAUAUACUGUAUACGGAAGCCCUGCUGGUAUGUAUCGACAGAGGAUACUUCAGACAUUAAACUUUGAAUUUGGGUUGUCUUACCGAAGUUAUCAUUACUUUUAAAACAUGUACGUUUUACACAGAAUGCGAGAAUUAUGUCACAAAAAUAUAAAACUC